CAUGCUGCCAUCUCUUACCCCGCGAAGGUUGCGUUGGGACAUCAUAACACCAGGUCCAGUGACGCCUCUGUCGCCAAGACCGUCAGCCAACUCCUUCAGCAAUUGGCUACGGCCUAAGCCUGCACCACCAGGUGCGCAUAUUCAAGUGUCAACACCCGUUACAGUGAUAUACAUUGAACCUGCAUCUCCUGCACUACCAAGAGACGUAGAGACUCGUGAGAUUUACGAUACGAUCAAAAAAGAUAUUGAUGCUCUGGCACGUCGCCACUGCCUAGCCCGAUUCAAGGCGCGCGCCUCCGGCAACAUCGACUUCAUUCCAGCGACGAUGAUCAAGCCCAAAGACACGCUACAGGCUGCCCUUGUGACAAUGGACUCCCACCGUGUCAAGUUGAAGGACUUCAUAGUCAAGGACCUACCAGACAGGCUGCAGGGCCGCGCUCUCUCUGAAGCAGAAGUAAUAAGCCGCUUUUGCAUCAACGAUGAAACCGAAUUGGAGGAACAAAACGAAUGGAUGAACCACUUAACCGUCACGACAAGUUCACAGGUCUUGGAUACUGAUGAGCACGUGGAACACCGACCACAGUCCAUUGCUACAGCCAUCUCGAUUCUAGAUGAGCAGCGAGCGAUCCUUCAACAUCACCGCAAGCAACGUCAGAGCGAACACUUGGCCAUCAAACCCGAGGCAGUAAAAGCUGCUUGGGCAGUGAAGAUAUUAGACGACGCAGAACGAUGUGCAGAGCUUGAAGGCGAUGACUCGAGCUCUAGUAGUGAUGUUGACGAAGACCAUGACGAAGGAUAUAGCUACGGAAACUUCUUGCGCAGAAUCGAGAACGACUUGAGUACGAGCAUAAGCCCUGGCACACUCGCAUCUAUGGUGGACGAGUUGUCCAACAGCGAGUUCACUUCGAUGCGUUCACGGUCAAGCACCCACCAAAGUGCUAGCUCAAAAAGGACCCGGGAAUUCCGAUUUCACCAACGAUCGAGUAUGAGUCCAUCCGAGGAAAAUCGCUGGUUUGAGAGCCUGAGUGGGUCGACUGUCUCCAACAGCAACAUGCAUACCUCCUCACUCUACCCACGAUCAGACCUUCAUGUCGUGACAGAGGCAGGCGACGAAGCUACCACCAGCGAGCUGAGCCCAGAAGACCGAGAGUUCAGACACCGUGGGCCUGACCUCUCAGAGCUGGAUCACUGGGCGCAGGAGUUAAAGAAGAUGGAAGUCAUGCGUGCGGAACGACAGCGAUCGCCUACUCCGCAUCGUCUUCCACAUACUCGCAGCGGACUGAGCAGCUCCAUGGAACCACAUUUCCCAAUGCGGCAGGUGUCAGUCGACAGCAUUAACACCCGCAUCUCGCCGACCAGGACGUCUCACAGUCGCUUCUCCUCAUCGUCAGGAUCGUCCACAUCCACGAAAUUACUGAAGCCGCUCCCUAGACCACCGUUCUACAAGCACUCACCAUCAGCUUCUCUCUCAACUCUGAGGGACACUCGGUCGACGAUGCUCGAUCACGAAUAUCACCAGCUUAAGAUGGGCAGGGCCAGUUCUCACAAGCGCGUCAUAAGCAAGACUUCGAUGCACGAUUCUGUAUGCCAUAACCAGCACCUUAGGAUAUCAAGUGUUGUGCAGUUGUUGGCCAACACUGCACCGAAGCCGGAGGAAGACGACUGGAUGGGCGAGCUCAAGCGUAUGGAGAGCCGUGAGCGAGUUAGACAGGCUGACGAGAAGAGGACUACUGAGCUAUUGCGGGGUGAUACACUAAUUGAAGAGGAAGGUAUGCUGGGUGAAGAUAGGCAGCGACUGUGACCAGUCACUUUUGAGCUCGGAGUUUUGUGCUUGGAUAUGACAACAAUCUGGGGUCAAGCUGGAUUACGACAGCUUAGAUAUAUGUUUGGUCCUCUCACUUCCAUUACUGAUCAUCCGGUCAAGCCGUGCUUGCAUAUCUGCGGCUAUUUUUUGAACUCUU